AUGUCUCCCACCGACUCGUUCAGCCUCUUCAUCAAUGUCAUUGAUCUUCUAGACAUGCUUUUCCACGUCUUGUGCUGUGUUUUGCCUAGAACGCAGAUAUUGAACCUUAACAACGCUUUGGAUGGCACGAAGAAAGAUCUCGAGAGGGCGGAAGAGAUGGGGAUUGAGGUACAAGAGUUCAAGAAGGACAUGCAGAUGUACAUUAAACAGCGUGAGGUGUUACACGUCCGCAUCGGAAGAUCGACUGUGCUGUAUAUGGAGCUGGUAGAUGCUACGAUGGGCUUGACGUGCAAAGCUCGAGCUGUGCUCUGGAGGGUAAAGGUUUUGAGGAGGGCCAUCACGAUUUCUAUCCUCAAACAACAACAAAUCGGAGACGCUGAGAAGACACUCGUUGUUUGA